AUGAGAUCAAUCGCACCAAGUAAGAAAGGAUACACAAUGCCGGAAGUCAAAGUUCGGUUUCCGCCAGAAAUUACACCGAUGAAUCUCAUUGAGAAAGCCAUUGCAAAAUUAAAAACCAGCGGACAAACAUCACGAAUCCCCAAUGCGUUCAUUGCCUACCGCAUGGCAUUUUGCAAGGAACUUCACUUUAUUAAACAUCCGGUAGUAACACAGCCACAACUAUCGGCAUUGGUCAAACAAUCAUGGCUCAAAGAAGAAGAACAUGUUCGACGAGAGUAUCAACGCAUUGCAAAGGAGGCCAAAGACUUGUACAUACAAGUUUGUCACGAACAAACUCCACUUUUUGUCACAAGUAAAUAUCAAAAUAUUUUUUCAAUUGAUGACGAAGAUUUUUCUUCCAACACGAAGAAUGAUUCAGGAGCAUUAGAAUUUGUGUUUUCGAAUUCAAGUAGUUUGAAUGAUUCCACCAAUUUUGAACUUUUUAAUGAAUUACAAGAAAAUGUCUCUGCAUCCACUACUCCAAACCUUACAAACAUAUUUAAUACUGAUUCCCCGAUAUUAAAAAAUGACAAUUUCUUUCCUGUAGACUUCAACUUAGAUACUCAAUUUAUUGAUAAUCUCACACCGGAAUUAUUAACAUCUCAAUCUUUAUUUUCUUCGAUUCUAUCUAUUCAAUCGGAUUUUCCUCCUCAUCAACAACAAGUGACAAUAAUGCUACUCCAGCCGAAAAUAACGACUGCUGUAAAGAGAAAAUGGUCGCAUUAG